AUGAGCAAGGCGCAUGAGGACGCCCGUGACGCGUACGUGAGCAUGAUGGUCCCCACAGUGACGAUGUCCCCCCGUCGCCCUUUAGUCUACCUGGACGAAAGCUUUGUCCAUCACCACUACUCGAGCCAUGCGGACAGCCAGUACCAUACCGACGAUCCCAUGACAAAGCCGAAGCACAAUGGCCGGCGAUACUGCUGUAUUGCCGGUAUUCUGGACGAUGGAUCGGACGUAGCGCAUCUUUUGGGCCUUGACAUCUUUGUGGGUGGCAAGAAGAGCGGCAAGAUUGUCAAGGACUACCAUGCAAUGUCCAACCACGACUACUUUGUCGACUGGUUUGGCAAGCUCCUGGAUGAAGUUGAAGAGCUGGGGUGGUCGUCGGCCGUGUUCGUCAUGGAUAAUGCAAAAUACCACAAGGGCAAGCCGAAAUCAACACCGAAGGGGUCAUGGAAGAAGGCUGAUCUGUACCAGGCUUGUCUUGACCGCAGUGUCCCAAUGUCACCCUACCGAUCUCAAGACGACGAUCUGGAAGGCACUGAAGAAGCCCUUGGACGAACAUGUCCUGCCUGUCGUUGUCGCCAUGGUACAGACCCGGGGCCAUCAUGUUGUGUACUCUGCCCCGGGUUCCCCGAGCUGCAACCAAUUGAAUUGUUGCGGGCAAACGCAAGGGCACCGUUGGACGUGCGUACAUUUCGACAACCACAUUUCAAGAUGUACGAGAUCUCCUGGAGAAGGCGUUCUAUGAGUUGGACACAGACGUAA